AACUUCAUUCACCUGCCACAUCAAUCCCCAGGCCUCUCUGACUUUUCUCUCAUGAUCAUGGCCGAAAGCAGCACAGAAUCGGCACCUCUCAGCGCUGCUCCCCUGCGCGAGUUUACCAUCAUAAUCGAGAAGAUCAUACCACCCGGUGUCAACCUCCGCGACACGACAGUCGACCAUUACCUCAGACAGUCGCCUCCCUCAUAUCUUCUCGGCUACAUCGUAAACCCAAAAGCGAUAUAUGAGUGGCACAAGCGGAAUGGGAAACAACGGGAGACGGAGCAAGAGACCCUCGACAUGUACCUUGCCUGCAUCAAAAAGAACGUUGGCAUCGAAUGGGGCACGGGCCUGCAGAAAGAGACCAUUGACGGCGAAGAACACUGGCUUAUCUUCUGCUUCCAGUCAUCCAAUAGGGAACAUGUACUGGCGAUCGACAGGAGACUCGUAGAGAACUUCCGUCGGGUGACGCGUAUGGGCUCGGACCCCAUGCUCAUUAUUUACAAGCAUCCAAAGAUGCGUUUGCUUUGCUUUCGCGGCCUCGCAGCCCUAACAUCACGCCCUCCACAGUGCUACGUUUGCUAACAAGCACUGCUUCGACCCUCCGUUACGGCCCAUCCUCGUUGUUAUUGGCCAAGAACUCCCUGCUAUUAUUCUUGCGAGGCGCAAGCCACAGCUCUUUCGCAUAGCAUUGGGUGCGUCCACCAUUGCUCGCGGUCAAACUUGAUAUGACACCAUAGUCAAUCAUCCGUGUAUCAUAUCAGGGCAUCUUCAACUUGACCAAUUUUGUUCAUCUGCAAAGUAAUCGCUUAUGAUUGUUUUUCGCCAAGCUGCUCCUCAGUAGUCUCGCUUUCUUUUCUUGACGAGGCUUCGCUAUGCAGCUUCGCCCUUGCCCCCAUCGUCCCCUUCUGCUAUCCAUCAUAGAGAUACCUUUACGUGCCCCACUCGUUGGUGUCGCCCUCCAUACCAUUCGUUAGAGUCCGAACGUACUUUACAUCGGUGAGUCUGUGU